AUGUUAACUUAUACCUAUAAUCAUGAAUCUACAAACAAUCAUGAGGAAUUAUCCUUAGCUAAUGUAAGUCUUAAAAUAAUUUUUGCAGCAAUAAUUUAUUCUAUAAGCAUUGUCUAGUAUGCCAAUGUAAUUAUAGUAGAAGGAAAAAUCGCUUUAAAUUGAGAAUACAAAAUUAAAAAGUGAAAAUAUAGAACUCUAAUCAUAGCUCAAUAAAGUAGAGAAUAAACAACAGGAAUUAAUAAAUGAAGUAAAUACAUUGCAAUAAUUUUAGAUUUAGGAUCUUAGAUAGUUAGUGAAAAGAGUGUACCAAGAAGGAGAGGUUUAGAUAUAGUAUUAGAAAUAAAAAAAUGUACUAUUUUAUUAAUAAUGCCAAGCAACAAUUAGAAUAUAAAAAUGAAAGUCUAGCAAAGGCUUUGUUCAAUCUAUAAAAUAAUUUAGAAACCUUUGCUUAAUUGAAAAAUUUAUCCAGAUAUAUAGAUGACAAUGAGAUUUCAGAAAAGAGUAUAAUGGAAAAUCCUUAUAUUAAAUGA